AUGACGACCAUUGCUAACUUUCAUCAAAUGCAAGCCUAUAACAACAACAAUAAUGGUAACAAUCCUACAGCUACUUCUGUUUCUAAUCAUAACGUUGCCAUUCCUAGUAACAGAUUUCAAAAUAGAAAUCAGUGUUUACCAAAAUUGCAUUCUAUACUGCCUGCUCCGCCUUCAAUAUUGAAUGGAAAUGAUAAUAAUAUCAGUCAAAAUUCAUCUAUUUUCGAAUCUCAACAGCCAAAAUUAAAAUUACCAUCUAUUUCUUCUUUACUUCCUUCAUUGCAAUUCAAUGAUUCUCAAUAUUACCAACAAGCUAGCGUGGCUGUCACCACUACACCUUCUCCACCUCCAAUAUUACAACAACAACAACAGCAGCAGCAGCAGCCUCAAGUACCUCCCCAACAACAAAGAUCAACCCAAAUAGUGCUAGUCACACCACAACAACAUCUUACCCCACAAAGUAUUACAUCAUCUGUACAAAGUUUUGAAGGAUCUAAUACAAUUUUGAACAUGCGAGAUGACCAUAUGUCACCUGAAUCUCAUUUCUAUCAACAGCAAUAUUAUUCUUACAUACAACCACAACCACAACAAUUACUAAACAACUACUAUGUGAUUUCACAACAGCAACCACAGCAUCAGCAGUUACAAUUACAACAGCAUGAUAAUACCUCUAAUAAUGGUAAUAUCAAUACUAAUACUUAUCAUAUGCAGCAGCAUCCUUCAAUAACAAGUCCAUCUGUAUUGAAUCCACAGCCUAUACGUCCAUUAGUCAAUUCUCUUAGUGCCAUAGAUAAUAUGCCUGAACAGUCUUUUCCUUUUAAUAAUGCCAAUCUUGUAGAUAAUACUAUCAAUAAGGAAAAUGCUUACUUUUCUCCAACAAUGCCAUCUCCAUCAUCAUCUUCAAGAUCUACUUCAACCUCUCCAGAUACAAUGAAUAAGACGUCCAAAAAGAAUAGCACAAAAUCAAAUAGAGACAAGAAGAACUAUACGGUUAAUUUCACUUCAGCCGUUAAAUUGAGGAAGCAAUGUCCAGUUUGUGGUAAGAUUUGUUCAAGACCUUCCACGUUGAAGACGCAUUAUUUAAUCCAUACUGGUGAUACGCCUUUCAAGUGUACUUGGGAAGAUUGCAGUAAAUCAUUCAAUGUGAAAAGUAAUAUGUUGAGACAUUUAAAAUCUCAUGAAAGAAGGUUGAUCAAGAAGAACAGAAAGAAAGGUUUAACUAAAAAAAAUGCUUGA